AUGACUAACUCCGAGUUUAGCAGUCGACCGUCAACAACUUCUCAGUCCUUAUCGGAUACUAACACUGAACGUCAUCGAGCUAAUGGGCAUGCGCAAAAACCUUUCAACAUCAACGAUGCAUUUGCUGUCAAGAACAAUAUCGAACGUCAAUUUCAAAAUUCAAUUAAUCAACUGACAAUAUUUGACGAACGCAAUGCAACUGAGGAAACGGUCAGAUCUUUGGCAGACAAGUUAAUACCCAAACGGCCGGUCACACCUCCAGAUGAUGAAGUUAAUGUGGACACGUUUCCACGUGAUAUUGAAGAAUUGCUUGCAUUAGUUCGACGACGUUUAAAUAUUCGAAGAGAAAAUUGUAUAUUAACAUUUGAUGAGUUAUCGCAAUUGGCCACUGUCAUUUUAACACAAAUUCGAUUCAAAUGGAUGGAUAUUGAAACAAUUUUUGUUGAUCAUCCAUUAAUACCUCAAAAACGGAAUAAUGAAUUACGUCGUCGUAUCUUUGUCAAUAUAUUAUGCAUAUGCGAAAGUUUAUUUGAAAAUUCUGUUAAGCAAGCACAAGUAUUUCAUGAACGUCGAGUAUUUUCUGAUAUAGCAAAUAUGACGCGACUUCGAACAUUACUUGCAGAUAAUAUAAAUACCUUAAUUAAUAUUCACUCUCUACGGGAACAUCUUGCAUCCGAAAUGGUUUAUGAUGAAAGAAGAAAGAGAAGAAAGAAUCAAGAUGAUCAGGAUGAGAAUGAAAAUGGUGUUAGAAGAUCUUAUUUAUCAAAGACAUCGGACUUAUUACAAGAACGACCGUCCACACGUGAUAUUGUUGAACAAUUUGGAAAAAGUUAUCGAUAUAAAAAACUGAAUCAGAGUAAAGACUCGAAAUAUUAUUUGAACGAGGUAUUGUCCAGUAUACCCGAAAUGAAUAUGAAUAGAAUUUCAUUCACAUUACCAACUGUUAAAGAAACAGAUAGGUUAGAAAAGAAAUCAAAAGAAAUGCCAACAAAAAAACUGUCAGAAGAUGAGAAAUCGAUCAUUUUACGAGAAGUGAACAAUGAACAGCCUUUAAGUUUGAAGCGAUCACGUUAUGGAUCAUUACCAAAUAUACAUGAAAAAUUUCUUGCCGAAGAACUUGAUUUAGAUAUAAAUCAAAUUAAAUUUAUUAAAUUAAACACAACAGAUCAAAUAAAAGAACAAUACAUUCCUAGUGAAGAUAAUAUUGAUCAGAAAAAGUUACAACAUCUAUCGAAUAGAGAAGAUUUACUUCGUUUAACAACAGAAACUGAAAAAGAAUUAGAAAAAGAAAAAACAGAUGAUAUUCCCUCUUUAAUCAAGGUUCUUGUGUCGACACCAAAUAUUGAUGAACGCAUUGCACAUCACAAACAAACAGUUAUAACUAUUGCAAAACGUCGAAAAUCAUAUUUAAAUAAUCUCAAAGAACGCGCUCAAGAUCGUCCAACACAUCCUCAACCUCAAACUGUUGAAAAAACAAUUAAAAAUAUUGAUGAUGAUACAGUUGUCUAUCUUGACAGACAGUUGCAUAUUGGAAAACAAAUUCGAGAAGUAUAUGAUCAAUUAUUGAGUACAAUCGAUGUAAAUUAUUAUUUUAGAAUGGAUACAGAUAAAUAUGUUCUCAAUUGUCCACCACAUUUGGAUCUUCCACUAGCACAAGCCUCAUCAACGUUUUCGAAAGCGAAAGUACAACAAGUGUAUAAUAAAAGUAUUGUUAGACGAGACCAACCACCAUGGUCAGACCACAUAGACAGAAAAAAAUGGGUGCUUACACCGGAUCCAAAGAAAAUUGAAGAAAGCAAUAAGAUGCGCAAACGUGGCGGUAAACAUCAUGCAAUUGUCUCUGAACCCACUAUUAAUCUCAGUCUCAUACCCGAUCCUCAAAUAAUUCAAUCGUAUAAAGUUAAAGAUGCUCGACAAGCUCGUGAUUUCGCAAACUGGCGUCAAUGGUGGUCAAAUGAACAUACGAGUGAUGAUUAUAUGAAAUAUUUGAGUACACAAUCAACAGAUUAUCUUCAUCAUAUAUUUCAUUUACAUGAAAAAUUAAGUAAAGAUGAACUAAAUGAAGAUGAGAUGAACUUAAUUGAAGAACGAAAUAGAGCCAUUAAAGAACGUGAACAAAAAAUUGAAGAAUUAAAAACUCGAAAAAAUAAAUUUGAACAAGGUAUAUGGAAUGCGGAAACUAUAUUUUUGGGUGGUCUUGGUAAUGAGCCAUUUUUGCCAGCAUCUGAAGAUCCAAUAGUUUUAUUUGAAAAUGAAUUAGAAAGAAGAAAACCAAAAGCAGUCAAAAUUGAUCUAUUUGAUCCAACAACAAGACGAAAAGCAAUAUCAAGUAAUAGACUAUUGAAAACAAUACUCAGUAAUAUUAAGCAACAAAAUAUUCAAAAACGUCUUGAAAGAAUAUGGAAACUAUUGCGUAUGAAUGACAAUGAUAAAUUAAAUAUGGCUGUUAAAUAUAGUACACUCGAAUAUGAAAAUUUAAUUGAACAGGCACUUGAUGCAUGGGAAAUCGUACUUGAUCUUAUUAUUAAACGCGAAAAAUUUAUUUGUGAAUUAGAAGAAUUUGAACGCCAUGCAUCUGAACCAAAUCGAUUUUUUGAAAAAGGACCGUAUGGUAGUUCAAAAGUUCGUUUAAAUGAAUCUCGUUAUCGAAACUAUUUAUAUAAUCAAUUGAGUAUAUUAGAUAAACAAAUAAUCGUAUUACUCGAUCGUAUCUCUGCAGAUUUUCGUGAUCAAGUGACGUUCAAUGGUCGAGAAUAUCGAGAUAAAAUGAAAUGGGAUAAAUUAGAAAUGUUACAUUAUUUACAAGAAGAAAGACGUCUCAAUUAUUUUCAUUCUUUUACAAAAAUGGCAUCUAAUAAUUCUGCUGAAAUUGACGACGUUGAAGUGUCUACACGUGGAUUACAAUUGUUUUUGAAUAAUGAGCUUGAUGAAUCCCAAAAAUUACUUGAUACUCAUCGAUAUUACAGUCCAUUAAUGCAUGGAACAUGGAGUUUUGUAUCAUUUAUGCGUGCUGUUAUUUCAUUCGACGAACAACGUUUAACUCAAGCGGGCUAUGAUUUAAGUGAAACGGAAAAAUUAUGUGCAAACGAAAGUACGAAUAAAUUUAAACGACCGUUAGUGUCGUCUGAGAAGAAGGGUAUAGAAGCAAUUGGUUAUGAAGAAUAUGUCAUUCGACGAAUAUUAAUCGCGGAUUGUAAACUAUAUCAAUCGAUAUUAAUGCUUAUUAAACAAGAAUUAGCCGGUCUACUGUCAGCUGGACUAUUGCUGAGAAAAUCAUGGAAAAUUUAUGAAAAAAUUCAUCGUGAAUUAUAUGAUUUGUUCAAAACAAAAGAACCAAAUGCUGAACAAAUUUAUGGUUCUAAACCAGAUGAUGUUGUUGUACAAAUGGAUGAUGAGAAAACAGCAAACACAACUCAGAAUAACAAUGAUUUAGAAGAGGAUGAAUCCUAUUUAUUUUCUACGCAAAAUAGUGCAUCCACUGUGAACACGACGAACAGUGGUGGUACAGAUUUACCAUUAGCGACAGUCAAACGUUUAUUAGCAUCAGUCAGUUUUGGUUAUGGCCUUUUUCAGAUUGCCUUGUCAUUCAUUCCACCAAGAAUUAUGAAGUUAAUAAAAUUUUUAGGAUUUGAAGGAGACAGAAAAGUUGCAUUAACAGCACUCUAUUUUGCUAGUCAAAGUCAAGAUGUUAAAGCUCCCUUGGCAAAUCUAACCUUACUAUGGUAUCACGUAGUCAUUGUGCCAUUUUUUGCCAUAGAUUUAACAACAAUAGUAGAUACAUCCGAAGCUGAGACAAUUCUAAAACUUAAUUUUAAUAAAUUUGGAAAUUCUACAUUAUUUAUUUAUUUUCAAGGACGUAUGGAAAGAUUACAGCGAAAUCUUCCUAAAGCGCUCGCAACAUUCCAUAGUGGUCUCAGUCAGCCAGAACAAGCACCUGAACAAAAGAAUAAUGAACUACAACAAAUCCUUAUGUACGAUGUUGUGUGUACGGGAGCAAUGGGUGAUAUAAAAGCAUCUACAAACUUCGUCAAAGAAGGUAUCAAAUUAUUACAAAAGAAAAGUAAUCCUGUUGAAUUGUUUGUACAAAAACGUUUAGAAUAUCUGAAAAAAAAUUCUCUAACAGUGACAACAGCGUAUAUUUUGGUAUUUGAAAUGCUCUAUUUAUGGACGACAGUUCCAUGCUGUGAACAUGAUACAUUAAGAAAAAUGCUUGAAAUUAUUGAACGUUUUGGUACUGAUUCGAAAGAUGAUAGUCGAUUGCGACCUAUUGCGUGUUUGGUUGAAGGCGCCAUUCAACAUGUUUUAAUGAAUCUUGACAAUGCACAAAAUUGUUAUGAAGAGGCAUUAGCUCGUGUCGAUGAUACAAAGUUAAAUUUUACCCGUUAUGUUGCACCAUUUAGCACAUGUGAAUUGGGUAUACUUGAAUAUUUACACCAUCGAAAUCCCAAUCGUGCCAAGGAAAUGUUGACAAAAGCAAAAGAUAAAUAUUCUGAAUUUGAUUUUGAUAAUCGAUUACAAAUUCGAUCGGUUGCCGCACUUAAAAUGAUCAAUAGUAGUGAAAGAUAA